UGGCGGCGCUCAGAUCCCGGUGACUGCCGCUCUCCGGCGGAGACUGCCCGGCUACAGACAUACAUCCCCCCGGUCACCUCAUCCUCCCGGGGCCUCCAGUCCAGACUCCGCCGCAGAGCGACCCCCAGAAAUCGGGGAACAGCGGCGGGAAAAGGGGAGGAAGGCGCGGGCAGCACCACGUUACCAUGACAACGGCGGCCCCGAGCAGACGCUGAGCGGAGGGAGAGAGCGAGAGAGGGCGCCACACGCGAUACAUUCCCUAUGAUGAAGAAAUCCUCCAGACGCCUGCCGCCCGCAGCCGCUAAUACUGCAAUGAGACCGCCGACUACCACGCCGCUUCCGCAAGGACUGUCCGCCCGUAACCUGGAGACGGCAGAAGAUGGCGACAUCUCCGAGUGUGACCGAAAAGAAGGUGCGGAGCCCGGGGUCCGGUACAUCACGGAGUCCCUCAUUCAGAAGGUGUCCCAGCAGCAGCACCUGAGCCUCGUGGUCGCUCUGAACCUUUCCCUCUCCAAGGACGGAGGCAAAAAGUUUAAGUUUAUAGAGAACCUGGAGAAAUGUGAGCGGCUGGAAGUGCUGAACCUGAGCCGUAAUCUCAUCGAGAGGAUCGAGAAGCUGGAGCGGCAGACGAGACUGCGGGAGCUCAACCUGGCCCACAACAGGAUCAGGAAGAUUGAAGCUCUGGAGCACAUGCAGAGUCUGCAGAAGCUGAACCUGUCUGCUAAUAAGAUCGAGCACAUCCCGGCCUGGGUGGGGAAGAAGCUGAAGGCUCUGAGGGUCCUGAGUCUGAAGCAGAACGUCAUCUCCUCAUUGCAGGACGUUUCCCGCUUGAAGCCGUUGAAAGACCUGAUGUCGCUGUAUUUGGCUGACAAUCCGGUGGCCGCGCUCCCCCAUUACCGGCCCUACCUCGUCUUCCACUUGCGCUCCUUGGACUCUUUGGAUGGAGAGACCAUCACAGACCAGGAGCGGCAGGAGGCGCACCACCGCUUCCAUCAGGAGGAGGUGGAGAAGCUGGAGAAGGACCUGGAGAAGAAGAUGGAGGAGAUUGAGGACCUGCAGAGCCAGAAGACCAAGGUCCUCAGCGAGCUCCACAACCAGGACUGUCUGAACAUGUCUCUGCGGGAGGAGCUGCAGCAGCAGAAGAAGAGCUGCAAGGAGCAGGAGUGUGAGAUGGGCACCAAGAACGAGCUGCUGAAGCAGAAGACGCUGGAGCUGACCCGCGCCUGUCAGAAGCAGUACGAGCUGGAGCAGGAGCUCGCCUUCUACAAGAUCGACGCCAAGUUCGAGCCCCUGGGAUAUCUGACCUCCGAGGAGGCAGACGCCGAGGAUGCUCCUGGGGAGAGCACGUACAUUGGGAAAGCCAAGUACAAGAGGAACCUGUAUGCUCGAGAGGACUACAUCCCCAGUCAUGCCCAGCACAUACAGGUCGGGAAGAUCGAGCCGGAUACCGAUGACCAGAUCAGAAAUCAGCAGAUCCGGGCAAGGAUUCACACCAGCCUCGACGUGGACCUGAACGAGAAGGAGAAGAGCAUACGAUCCGCUGAAGCCAAAUUGACUGAACUGCGGCAGGAAAUCGUCCACGCCGAGGAGCAGAUGUUACAAGCUUCCGAGGAGCUGAAGGAGCUGGAAGACGCCGUCGCCCAGAAGAAGGUUUCAGAGGCGGAGAAAGAAGAGCUGAGGCAGCAGCUGAGCCGCAGGAUCCAUCUCCUAAACCAGCUGCGGGAGGAGGCACAGGAGCUGGAGGCACAGAUGGAGCGCCAGCGCAGAGACAUGGACAGGACGCAGCGGGAGAUUGCCGAUCUGCAGAGCCACCUCCGCAAUCUCAGUCCUCAGGAUCCCAGACACUCACACGUGACCGCGCAGAAGGUCAGCAAGGAGCGGCAGCUGGAGAUGAUGGACGGGCAGUACCGGCAGCUGGAGGGGCGGCUGGACGCCAUGUUGUCUCGCAUCGCCCAAGAGACCGAGGAGAUCAAGGACCUGGAGCAGCAGCUCACCGAAGGUCAGAUUGCUGCUAACGAGGCCCUGAAGAGGGAUCUGGAGGGCAUCAUUUCGGGGCUGCAGGAGUACCUGGAGAGCGUGAAGGGCCAGGCGCGGCGGGCUGGUGACCAGUGCCGGGAGCUGCAGGCGGAGCGGGAGCUGCUGCUUCAGCGGCUGGAGGAGAUGGAGGAGGAGCGGGAGCGGCUGGAGGCUGUGGCGCAGGAGGCUGACCUCAUGAGGAAGGAAAUUGAAGAAUUGGAGCGCGGUCUGCAGGAGCAGCAGGAAGUGAACGAGGCACUGCAGCAGACGCAGGGAGACCUCCGCACCCAUGAGGCUCAGAUGGAGGCCCAGAGCAUGGCCGGCGAGGCUAUGAUCUCCCAGCUGCAGCAGGAGCUGGAGCAGCGGAAACAGCAGCAGCAAGCCGAGAGUUCUGCAUGGAAAGCCGAGCUGGAGCGAGAGCGCCGGGCCCUGGAGAACGCGCUGACCAAAGCCCAUGUCCUACAGGAGCAGGACAAGGACCACAAAAAGCUUCUGGCCCAAGUCAGGCAGCUGCAGAAAGAGAACGAGUCCUUGAAGGCGCAGCUCAGUCAUGCUGUCGACAACUUGGUGCCUCCAGAGCAGAUCUCCGCCCGGGUGUCAGAGCUGAAGAGGAAACUGCACACGGGAGUGGGAGAAAUCCGGUGCCUGGGUCCCUCUGAUGUUCUGGGCCAGAACCUCGCAGAGCUGCAGCAGCAGAUCAAUCAGAUCCUGGCCAAGUCAGAAGACGAGAAGAGCGAGGCGCAGGAGAGGCUGAGGCGGCUGCAGGAGGAGGUGACUGCACUGCAGGAGCGCGCACUCCAGGCUCCUGACGAGUAUAAGAGGGCGUGCAAUAAGGCGGCUGAGGCACGGAUCCAACAAGAGAAGCGACAGAACGAGGCCAAAGUGCGUGAGCUGGAGCGGGAGGUGCGGCAGCUGAACGAGAAGCUGAAGACCAUGGAGGAGAUCCAAGGCCUGGCUGACCAGCAGCUGCUGGAGGCUGAGGAGGAGCGGGAGAGGCUGCUGGCAGAGCUGAAUGACCUGGAGGCCGAGAAGAAGAUGGAGGAUUCCCGAGCGCAGGACGAGCUGUCUGGACUGGACCAUGAGCUGAAGCAACUGAAGAGGGCUGUGGCCAUGUCCGACAAGAUGGCCGCCUCAGAACUGACCAGCACCAAAGACCAGUUGCGAUCCCUGCAAGGCACAGUCCUCCAGAUCAACCAAGAGCGGGCCAAGGUAUGAUGGA